GGAAUAGCAAGAACUCUAAGGCCGACAGAUUAUGUUGCUGAGAUGUUGGUGUGAAAGAUGUGAAGAGAUCGGCACGAGUGGAUGCAAAUUCUGGCCAUCUCGCAGAGUCGAAGAGGCUGCGCGUCGUAUCUUGAGCCCGAGCAAAGAUUCUUGAGACUAAGCGAGUAUCGGGGAGAAGAUUCCACGUACUGGCGGACUUCGCGCGUUGGGCCGAUUUGGCGGCACGCUUCAGCCUUGCGAGGCUGGCGGAGAGUGCCACUGGUUUGUAGCGCUACUGCGUAAGGACGGUGCGUGGAGGGCAGCGACAAUGACACACGCUGAAUGCGCCUGCAUCCCUCGGAGCGCGGUGGUACGGCUAGCUUUGUAUAAAUAUUAGAGUCCUCGCAUGGCUUCAGCCAGGUCUCCGACCGGCAUAUGAGUUUCCGUAGACACAGCGACGUCGCGUAACGUCGGACUCGUCACCCAUGCAGCCUGUACAUCCGCCAUUCGCAUGUUGAGCUCGGCAGUAAGCUGCUCAAGCUGUGCCUUGACACCUCGUCCCUUGAUGCCCUUGACCCUUUUCUCGACGGCGAGACUCGCCUGCGCUUUGCGCUUGUCGUCGUGCAGGGUGCGCUUUCGCUGCUUGGCCCCUUUCGCUGCCUUUGCUGCCAUGUCUCUCUCGUCGUGUGCUCUACCGCGGUGGUCGUGUGCCCUGUGGUUGAUGAGCUCACGCUCGAGCACACAUCUAAGAUUAAGGGGGCGAGCGUGACCGGGUCAACAACGUCGACGAUAGCUUGGGCGGGCGCCUCUUUGAAAAUUGAUUGCGGUGCCGUGGAUCGGGAUCAGAUCGGUGCUGGAUCGGGCGGACACGUCGGCGGCGGCCUACGGGCGCCAGCUGUGCACCCCAAGUUGCUCUCGUGCUCGCCUUCUCUGCCUCGCCCUCGCAUGUCCGCUGCGCGGCCGUGCCUUUUCUUGCUCUAGACUACACCAUUUUGCCGCUAGAGACAUUCUGAAUAUUUUUGCGCCAUGACGGCGGUCGAUUGGGAUCUCUUGUCCUCGUAUGCGGGCCUGCUUUCCCUUGCCGUGUUCUCCAUCUACACCGGGUCAUUUGGGUCUCUGCCGUCUUCAAAGUCGAAAGACGGCAAGAAAGGGGACGAGGUAGAAGAAGACGAGGAGCAACCAGAACGGCUCUCAUCGGAAGACGCUUGGCUCUUCCCGGUUAUCGGAUCCGUCCUCCUCUUCAGCCUCUAUGUCAUCGUCAAGUACUUUGGGCGCGAGUGGAUAAACUGGAUCCUGCAGUGGUACUUCACCAUCGCCGGCGUGGGGAGCGGGAGCAAGGCUCUCAUAUCUCUCGUGCGCUGGCUCGUGGGUCCGACCCGCUGGAGACAGUACGAGACCGUCAAGAUAAGCAUAUCAAGGGAAUCAAAAGAGCUGUUGGCAUGGUCGCUCCGGACGCCUUCGAUUUAUAUAAUCCCAUUAGGAGCGCUUCCAUCGCUCAUAUAUACCUUCGGACCCAGCGAAUCCCGCAAGUCCGCACUGCUCACGGACGUCCUCGCGCUCUCCUUUUCGUACAAUGCACUGUGCUUCCUCACGCUCGACUCAUUCAAGACAGGGUGCAUCCUGCUAUCAGGGCUAUUCCUGUAUGAUGUCUGGUGGGUCUUCGGUACAGAAGUGAUGGUCAAGGUAGCGACAAACCUCGACAUCCCGAUCAAGCUUCUCUGGCCCAAGUCGCUCGUAUUUUCGACCGAACGCGGCUUCACCAUGCUCGGUCUCGGCGACAUCGUGGUCCCAGGGAUGUUCGUCGCGCUAGCGCUGCGUUACGACCAGCACCGCGCGUCGCAGUGCGGGCAGCACGUGAGCUACAGUAAGCCGUACUUCUACGCUGCGCUCUCUGCGUACCUCGCGGGCCUAGGCAUGACCAUGAUAGUCAUGCAUGUCUUUAAAGCCGCACAGCCGGCGCUUCUCUAUCUGAGCCCGGCCUGCAUCCUGUCCUUCCUCAUGACCGCGCUCGUGCGCGGCGAGCUCGCGGACGCGUGGGGUUGGAACGACCAGGUAGAAGAGGCCGAUGCGCACAGCCAGCGGCCGUCGAACGUGUCCACGCCGCAGGCCGUGUCGCGCGCAAACUCGUCUGCGAAUGGGAAUAAUCUCACGCUGACGAGUGCGGGCAAGAAGGCCGAGAAGGCCGAGGGCUCAUAACACGCCGUGCCACGGCAGCCACGCUCUUACUAUUUCUUCAGGAUAUAUUGUGCUAUCGUAUUUGUAGGUAAUAUACACGCGGGAAUGCAUGCCUGCU